CUUGUUAGCGCUAAUCGCCAUGAGCUUUAAAAUUGCAUCUUGGCUAUUAGUUCGGAGUAAAGCCCAUAUAAACGAAACCUGCGGGGAGCAUUUUGUCUUCUGUGUUACCGGUACUUUGCUUAAGAUUUCGAAAAACACUGGAAAAUUCUGGCUCAAAACAAAAAAUAAUCGUGCUCUCAUUUAGCGCCCGCACAGUUUUAUUUACAAAUGGUAUUUACUUCGAUUAACGCCAAAGCCAACCCACUGGUUUUCAUAGCUCAGUUUUUAAUAUUCAUUUUGCUCUCGCAAGGUGCAGCUCGAUUUUUUAAUUUUGCCAAAAGUAUUAUUGCCACGUCUAUUAAACAGCAUUUGUUUUCUGCGAGUUAGAACUUUUGCAAUUUAAAUCUACAUUUACAACUGCUGAAAAGGGUGCCGCCGAGACCUUACAUCAACGUGAAAAGAAGAGUAAUUUCGAGGUGCUCAAGACAUUAAGACACUCCAUGAAAAACACCGUGACAAGUUUCGCUUUAAGCAGAAAAAAUUACAGCCUACUAAACAAUUAUUUUGUCUGGGGACUUUAUUUGAAAAAAUUCAAUUUAUUUGGUGACUGUUAAGCAAAUAAAUCUACAAAAUGAUGCUAGCAGGGAUUUCGAAAACAAUCUUGAUUAAAUUGAAUGGGGAGACUACGUUUUACACGGUUAUCAAUUUGGCGGUAAAAAGAGCGCGUUUAGAGUCCAAAUUGAACAUUUGGAGGAAGAAAGAAAUUAGGAAAUAUCCACCAAGAAUAAAUGAAUUUUAGCUUGUUUGCCUUUCUAUAUGGGGCUUAAUUCAAAAACCGGAUCCUCGCGCUCGGCAGAAAAGGCUGUUUGCUAUUAUACAGGAAAUGCGAUUGUCAAUUGGCGAAAACUAAACUUUGUCACAAUAGUGCUUGCAAGAGCAUAGAUGAAAAGUUAAUUACAUUGACACCAAAAAGGCCGAGUGAAUGGUUAACAAUUGGAAAUAGAAAUGUCAUCAAGACUUCGCAGGUGAUACAGAGCAAAGACUAGUUUAAAAAGAACAUCAUGGGGCCAGCUCCGUCUUGAUUAGUUUUACUGGUGGACGUUUUCUUGGAACGAUCACCUAGCCGAGAUCCACCGGCCUGUCGAUCAAUGGAUUGCGUUUUGUGAAGUAAAUCUUCUUCUAAGGAAAAUAAAUAAGAGGAAGAGAAACAAGCGCAGCUACACCACGCCCCCACCUAGCUGCCACGGGUAGAACUUAGUAGUCUGUCAUCGUGCAAGCAUCAACAUGAGUUCCUCCUUUUACAUCGAGUCGCUAAUCCAGAGCAGCAAACCGAAAACUACCAGCGCCUCCAUCGCCGCUGAAUCAAGACACAGCUUCGAACCAACAGUUCCUUGUUCGUGUUGUUGGACGCCUUCGCAGUCAGAAGCAUCGGGUUUGUGUCAGCUCUGUAUUCCUACAAGUCCGGCCGUUCACCCGUUUCUACACGUCCGCGGUGCAUCAAUUCCUGAUGCAGCGAGCCUUUACUCGAAAGAGUUCUUAAAAGCCGAACACAGUCAUUUACAGCCACAUUACCCAACCACUGAGGAAGAUCGCCUCCGUUUAGUGUCAUACGUAUCCCGCGCCGAGCCCAACAACUUGAACAGAGGAAAUUCCAGGUCAAAGCGCAUUCGCACGGCAUACACAAGCAUGCAGUUAUUGGAGCUCGAGAAAGAAUUCAGCCAAAACAGAUAUUUAUCCCGGCUUCGCAGGAUCCAAAUCGCCGCUUUGCUGGAUCUCUCCGAGAAACAAGUCAAGAUCUGGUUCCAGAAUCGCCGUGUUAAGUGGAAAAAAGACAAGAAAGCUGCCCAACACCAAGUAACCGAAAACACACAAAACCCGCUGUCACCUUCAAGUUAGAGAGGUUGUAUUGACCAUUUUAGCGCGAAGAACAACAAAUCGUGUACAUUUGAAUAUGUAGAGAAUUGUAGAAUAAGGUAAAGGCUUUUUGUACAAUAGUUCUGUAAAACAAAAAGGUGUCGAAAAUGGAUGAGUAAAUCGGAUAAUUCUUUAUACGGCUAAUUAAUUUCUUGGCGAAGUGCGUCGCCUGGAGCCGUAGUCAUGAAACAAGAAACGGCGACCGAGUUUAGAAAUUACGAUACGGAAGACUUUCGAUGACAGAAAGGCUAGAAGCAUGUUGUAAAUAUAUGAAGAAGCAAUCAUAACUGAUAUGAUAUCUGUAUGCUGUAGUCAUGCAAGUUCGUGUUUUUAGCGAGUAAGCGAGGCUGUACAAAGUACUUCAUGGGAACAUAUGUUCUCUUUAAUUGUUGUAGAAAAAUUAUCGAAGGCCUUAAGAAAUUAGAGGCCAUUGGUUCUUAUAAAUAAAGAGAUAAUUUAAAGAGAGAAAAUCUUUGUUGCCUUAGCUGCAUUUAUCGAAACUUUCGGUCAGGCUUAACUACAUUUGUUCGUUUUUAAUUUUUGUCGAAAUUCGUUCUUCUCUCAGUACGGAACCCAAAGUCUUACAUUAAGAUCAAUUAAUGGUUAUUCGCUUCUGGCAGAAAGCAAUAUCUGUUUCAAGGCUUAUAAGACCUUGAAAAACAUGAAAUCAUGGAUCGAGUGAAUACCUUUUCCACAUUCCACUUAAUUAUGCGCCCAAAAUUAUUAGAAAUUAGUUUUACUUUAAGAGAACGCUGCCUAGGGAGAUCAAAUUAGCCAAAUUUGUUGUAUCACAUUGUUUGAACAAUGACACAAAAUGGCAAUCUUUUAGUUUUCAUCCCAGCGAGGAACCUCAAUUUAAUUGAAAUUAAUUACUAUCUUUCGAGCUAAAACUCGCCAAAAGAGAUAACCUUGACCAGAAGUUCAAAAGGAAAAACCUGGGAAUUCCUCUUGGAAUGAUUCAAAGUGGAAAUGUCGAUUUCCACUCAGAAACAAAACAUAAUUAUUUCAUGGAGUCAAACUGUUAACAUGUCCACCUGUAGGUUUAAAACCGCAAUUGAUAGUGCAUCGCUUUCGACUAAAAUGAGUAUUUUUUUCCUGUUGAAAAAAACGUGUACUGCAAGAUGCAUUUAAACUUUUCUCAUGGAAUAUGACGAAUAUCGAAGCGAAUCGACCUCUGGUUUUGCGACGUUUCGCGUUCCAUUUUUUUUUGUUUUAUUAUUAUUUAAGCUGACAAUUCGCCUUCGUUAAUUCAUCAAUAUCACAUCUUCGACAAUUGGCAUUGCUUAAAUGGAGAUUUAUAAGCGAGGGAUUCGUUUGCACGCAUUUAAAUAUCAAUUUAAUGGGCCACAAACUUUGUUUACGUGCGGGUACUUUGUGAGAUGACGCAUGAACCGUGGUUUGAGGCCAAGAAUUGACUUUGUUAAUCUUUUCGUUAGCUUCAACUCACUUUGACACCUACAAUUAGUUUACACUGACAGAUUUCCAUGCGCCAUAAUAGAGAAUCCACUUCUUUACGAAUUAAGCUCGCCCUACCAGAGUAUGGGAAAAUUAACAAGCGCAAAACAGAAGUUUUAAUUCUUCGAAAGGACGCCCAACUGAGUAAAUAACUUUCAGUUGGAAAUAGUAGGCGGGCGACACGGUUUUUAUAGACCUCGAAUCGUGGCAACUGUUGGGGUUCUACUAAGCAGUGAUGGUAACAGCUAUAGUUAAACUGGUGUGUACCCUUGCUAAAACGUGCUACAAAUUGCAUAUGUCGCUUGUUAAUUGACAUCAGUUGGCGUGCGUUUCCCGAGAGACGCCUAUUUGCUCAAUGACACCAGUCGCUUCGAUUAGAGAGUUUGUCUAUAAAACGAAAUCACGAGAAAAAAGUUGGUGCUUCGUUGGGGUUUGCGGCUAAAAGGAGAGAGAAAAGUAGAGAUAUCGUUGUUAGUGAGACCAGAAUGUUUACACAUGUUCUAAAGCCUUGAAACAAAAUCUUACUUUUUCACAACCAUUUCAUAACCAAUUACGUCAACUAUUAUAAAAUCGAUACUUUAUUUUUACUUUAUUUU